AGUGUAAUACGUUAUCAUCUUCAACAAACUACUUGCAACCCCCAACCCCCUUUUCCACCCCCGUUUUUCCCACCUCAUCAACUGCGUUUCUUUGUGUUCUCCUUCCGUUUUCUGCUGCCAAGUUGCGAACCUUUCCCCUUCCGUCUCUUUUUUUUUUCGUCUUGCCAGCGAAACUUACGGUGAUUGCUCAACGCCCAACCGCAAAAAGUCUAUUUCAUCUUCCACCCAAGAACAAGUGCUGCACAGACACCCUCCACACACACACACAAACGUCCAAGACGAAGCCUAAUCUGGAGUGAUUCAGGCGUGUCGAGUGUGAUCCCUUCGGGUCAGUUGGAAUGAAUCUACCUUUCUCCCUGCCAAUGCAUCUACUCUCUCUCCCCCCUUUCUCCCUUUUUACAUAUUUUUACACAUUUCGUGAAGCCUAGCGCUUUCGUUUUGGUCACUUGACAAAGUUUUUUCUUGUUCAUACUCCCACCCAGUCCAGUUAUUGUUUUUUGUUAAUCGUUUAUCGGGUCUCAUCGUUCUCUGAGUUUUUUCUUUCUUAAAUCUUUCGGGGGUUUUGAAAUUUUUCCCCGUUAUUUUCUUUCUCAUUGUUGUCCUAAGUCGGAGCGAAGGUUACCUGCCUAAUUAAGGGUGCCUAGUUAACUGCUCCUGGACGUUUGUAUUCUUUUCACCACGAUCCUGGGCAAAUGGCCACGGGAUCAUUAACACAAGAGAUGGAGGUCCGGCCGAGUAUUGGUUUAACAAAAUGUUGAGCGGGGGUUUUGACUGUGUUUUUCCCUUGCUGUCCGUUGUUCUGCGGAUUACUUGGCCGUGACUCUCCCUAGUUUUUUCUAAACCUUAGUUUGUAUCUAACCCAGCGCUGCGAGCGGAACUAGUCGGGUAGUUCCCCCGCGGUAGCUGGUCUCGCCACUGACUAUGAAUAAUGCAAGUAAUGACCGAUAUGUUGUACUCUGAGGGAGCAUGCGAAGCAGGGGCCCCAGAAAGUAGAACAAAUCCUCCUCCUCCACCCUCUCUCUCUCUUAGUUAGGUGACAAUGAUGAUGUCCCCGAUGAUGGCCAAGAGCCCGAUGUCCGCCAACUCCUCGCAGACCUCCGUCCCCAGCAGCCUCAGCGGUCAGGUAAGGGUGUACCGCCACGAGCCAUACGCGGCAAGCCUCAUCACUCCCGCUUCCCCUGCCGAUGCGGCCUUUGUCUGCUGCCACACCCGCGCCGCGAAAUCGCCGCCGAGCAUCUGGAACUUGCCGUCGCCGGCGCGCUCCAUCUCGGACUCCGCGCUGUCCAGCGGCGGGAUCAGCGACUACUCCCCCGUGUCGUCCGCCCUCUUCGUGCCGAAGGCGCCCGCCACCUUCUCUCCGCAGACGCCUGUCUGGAUCGCCUUCAAGUACGGGCGCAAGCCCUUCCGUGCUUCCUUCGCGCUGCACGCCGGGGAUAAGGUCGUCGUCGAGGGCGACCGCGGCGUGGAUCUCGGCAUCGUCGGUGACGCCUGCCUCAUGCAGGGUGGGCCGCGUCCACAGACCGUGCUGCGCCGUGCUAGUGCCGAGGACGAGGCGAAGCACGCGGAGCGCUCACUGAAGGAGCAGGAGGCGCUGCGCACGAUGCGCACCCUCGCGGCCCAGGUGGACUGCCCGGCCCACGUGGAGGACGCCAUGUUCCAGCUCGACGGCAAGAAGAUCACGGUCAUCAUCUCCCGCACGACGCGCUCCUUUGUCGACUUCCGACGCCUGCAGCGCGCGCUCUUUGACGUGUACCGCUGCCGCAUCUGGUUCGCCUACCUGGACGAGAUUCAGGAGACGAUGAGCACCGACGUCACGCAGCCGUUGCACCGCGGUCAGCGCAACCGCUCCUUUCUGGACGAUGCCAGUGCGAAGAAGACUCGCCACGGCUCCGUCACGUCUCUGGAUAUCCAGGCGUAG